GAUAGUUGCAAAGAAUUGGAUGUCUUGAACUGGUUGAAAAGUAAUCAACAUCGAUAUCCAAUUCUUUCAAGAUGGCAUCUGAUAUUCUUAGUAUUUCGAUCACUACAGUAACUAGUGAAUUAGCUUUUAGCAUCGGUUCACACGUCCUAACAAAGUACCAAAGUUCCAUUCUUUCAACUGAUGUUCAGGCUAUCAUUUGUGUUCGUAAUUGCUUACAUGAUUUUGUGUACAAUGAUAAUGAAGGUGAAGAAGAAGAAGAAAAUCUUGAUAUUUUUGCCCCUAAUGAACCAGCUAUAAGUGGAUCACAAUUGAAUUUUGUUGAGCUUGAUGACAGUGAAGAAGAAGAAGAAGAUGAUGAUGAUGCUACCAAUGUUUGAAUUAUUGAGUAUUCAUGUGUAAUGAUUUAAAGAUUUUUAUGAGACUGUGGUUUUUAGUUGUGGAUACUAGAUAGAUUCAGCUAACCUUAGCUUCAUUGCAUGCUAUUAUUUUCAUUUGGAUUGUGUUUUUAACAUCUAGCUCAUUUAGAUGUUAUUUUGUUUGUUUGGUUAUUGCUACUUGUUGUUGAGCUUAUUGCAACUUGCUUAUUGUGGU